AUAAGCGUGAUGAAGAAAUAAAUUUGGAAUAUCGACGAUUUAUGAUAUAUCUGAAAAAUGUGAAAAAAAUACAACAACAUAAUAAACGUUAUGAACGUGAUGAGGAAACCUAUGAAUUAGCUAUCAAUCAUUUCGCUGAUAUGGUAAAUUAA